AUGAACCCAGCAGGCAUAGACUCCAUGCGACAGCAGCGCAUGAAGCAGCUGCUCGGCAUGUUUUCGAAACCGACGGUGGUCAACAAGGAGCGAACGCACGCCGUGCUGAAGCGCUGGGGGCCAGGGCAUGAGCAUGGUGGCAGGAGGGCAGAGUCGGUGGCGGUGACCCGGGUUAUGCGUGAGCUGGCGGUGCAAGAUCCCCGCCUGCUGAAGGUCGCCCCGCUGGCCAUUGUCGAGGGCCUGGUCGACCACUGGAUAUACAAGGUGCAAGAGUGCCUGCAGGUGGUCAAGGGCUACACUGACAAACUGGACCACGAUCUGACGCGCCCCGUGCAGAACCCCUCGGUCGAAGCAGCCACCUGGACGCCGGUUAUCGCGCGCUGCCGCAAGGCUGCGCUAGCACUCCUGCGGCGCUGCCAAGUCAACGAAAUGGUGCUAAGCCAGCUGUGCAGCACUGCCAACCUAGUCUUUUCGCCGUCACAUUCCAAGGCCGACGCCCUAAGCGACAGGGCGCUGCUGCCGUUCGGGCGCAAAAUGACAAUGCGUGAUAUCGCAGGGCACAACCCAGUGCAGCGGCUGGGCGUUCUACAAAACCAACUGUUUGUAUCGCAUACGACGCGCGUGCAGUACAAAAAGGCUGAGCAGCGGCUCUCGCGGCUGCACACGAUUCUUCUGGAUCGCCAGCGGCUGCGGCUCCUGUCGACGCAAAAGGAUAUCCACAAGUACUUCCGCACGCUGGUCACGGUUGAGCUGGUGUUCUUGCCUAUUGAGCUGUGGUACAAUCUGGACAAUCUCAAUGGCAUUACUACGCCUGGAAAGCUGCAGCCGGAUCUCAACGACAAUGAGGACUUUGGGUUUACUGUGAUGGGGAUAUUGGUCUGGGCUGCAGUAGCCACGCUGCUGUAUGCCAUUUAUGUGAACUUCUUUGAGCGCAAGCCUGAGACUCUGCGCAUGGCCAAUAUUGCGAGCAUGCACCGCAGGCAGCGCAAGAUCCGCAUGUACAGGCAAAAGGGCGCUGGCGAGGUAUCGGCAGUGGUGGGCUGGCGCAGGCUUUGGUACGCGCUCAGCGGAAAAUAA